CGCUCGCCUCUGAGGCCAGUGCGGCAGGAAAAGCGCAGGGGAGACGCCGCCGUGAUCGAGGGAGAGGAAAAACUAAAAACAGUUAUGAAGAACAAUUCUGGACAAGGACAAUCUUUUUCGUUUACUUAUACCUUAUAAUUCAACUGUUCCAGCGAAUAGAAUUCGGGCAAAUGCGCGACCCGUUUCGUAGAUAGACAUAGCCACGGUAUGCUUGGCAACCCUGAAGAUAAUGUCAGGGAAUCAAUGGAUGAAAAUCCCCAAAACUACUGCAGUUUCCUGGCUGGAAUUCUCGUCUGGUACUGAGAGUAUCGGACAUUUGGAAAUAAAAACGGUGAACGUAUAAGGACCACCGGAAGGAGCCACAACAUAUCUGAGUGUGAGGAAUUAUAACGGUGUCCAGUCGGUAUUUGGCUAGAUAACGCAUUUAAAGUUUGAACGGAAAGAACAGUUUUGCUGCAUCGAAUUCCUUUGGACGGGAUGUCAUCUGCCGCCGGUAGAAUUCCACGAGCUAACCGACCAUCUCCCUCUCUGUAAAGGAGGCCGAGCGCGCCAGCCGUGAAGAUGAGCGGUGCUGCAGAUACCAAGGGGUUGAGGCGGACCUUUAUCGUGCCCUCGAUCAAGGCUUUUGAUCACUAUGAUUUCACAAGGGCCAAAAUAUACUGUAGUUUGACAUGGCUUGUGGCCAAAGCCUUCGGCUCAGAUGCGGUCCCGGAGGAGCUGGUGGACCCUUUCUACAGGGACCAGUACAGUCAGGAGCACCUGAAGCCCCCGGUGGCAUGCCUGCUGCUGUCUGCAGAGCUCUACUGCCGGGCGGGGAGCCUCAUCCUCCGCAGCGAUGCCGUCAAACCUCUGCUGGGACACAACGCCAUCAUCCAGGCCCUGGCACAGAAGGGACUGUACGUCACUGACCAGGACCGACUGGUCACAGAGAGGGACCUGACCGGCACACCCAUACACAUGAGUUCCCACCUGGCCCUAAUAGACACUCUGAUGAUGGCGUACACGGUGGAGAUGGUGAGUGUGGAGCGGGUGAUGGCCUGCGUCCACCGCUUCUCCUCCCCUCCCAAUGACCUCUCCUCCCACCCCGACGGAUACAUCAGGGACCUGCCCUACGACACAGAGGACGCAGUCACCACCUGGAUCAACAAGGUGAAUGAGCACCUCAGGGAGAUUCUGGUGGAGGAGCAGAGGUUGAGAGAGAGCUCCUGCCCUGAGAGCACAGCUACUGCAUCACAGAGGGCGCGCUAUAGGAGGGAGCAUGCGAAGCAGAGGUUAGCUCCCUCCCUCCCCCUGGUGGACAAUCUGCUAAAGGACAACACAGAUGGCUGUGCCCUGGCCGCACUCGUCCACUUCUACUGCCCAACGUCUGUCAGACUGGAAGAUAUCUGUCUGAAGGAGACCAUGUCGCUGGCUGACAGUCUGUACAACCUGCAGCUGGUGCAGGAGUUCGGUAGGGACAACCUCAACCACUGCUGCCACUUCUCCCUGGAGGACAUGCUCUAUGCCCACUCUUCUAUCAAGAAUAACUACCUGGUGUUUAUGGCAGAGCUGUUCUGGUGGUUUGAAGUGGUCAAGCCUUCGUUUGUACAGCCCAGAGUCUUUGACCCACAAGCCUGGGAUCUAGCCCCGUCAGCAAGGGCUAUGGCUCCUAUCUGUAGCCCAGCCAAACAGGACUUUGGGGACAGCCCAGAACACAAAAGGCUUCAACCAGACUCUGCUUCAGGUGUGAUAAAGAGGACCAUGUCCUAUGUAGACGGCUGUGUGGGGACGUGGCCUAAGGAAAGACGGUCUAGGGGCAUCUCCUUUGAGAUUCCUUUGGACGGGGAUCCUAACGUCCCUCCCUGUUGGGGUCCCUCACUCCGGGGCAUGACCCGUUCUGCCAGCACCGAGGGCCUGGGGGUGUUCAAAGUUCACCACGCACCCCAGGGGGACAUGAGGCGCCACCUCUCCUUUCAGCCGGUCAGCGUCAACGGUCCUAGCAGCACCGCAGGGCACAUAACUGAGGAGGACUACAACACGGACUCACCAAACCCCCACAAAGCACUGGGGCGCGGGCAGACUCAGCCACACAAGAACCGGAACAGAUAUUCCAAUGGUGUUCUCAAAGAGAACGGCAAUGACGGCCGCGGCCCCGUCAGCCCAUCGAGCCCCCCUAGCAUUGAGGAGGCUCUGAAGAUUAUCCACCACACAGAGAGGCCCCACGGCAGUCUGGGGCCCGGGGCCAACGGCUUCUUCCUCCACGAUGGAGCUGAACCAUCAGACCCAGGGGACGACCCUGAUGACUACCCAGGAUCGGCUAAGGCCCGGGCAGACGAGGCCGACCCCUACUCAGCCUCUACGGAGGAAGUGGACACAGGGAUCCACGUGAGGUCGGAGGACAUCCAGGAGAGUUUGGACGAGGACAAUUCUUCCCUCAGGGACUACUCUGAUAUGGACCCUGACUAUGAGGCUAUGACCCGAUCCUGUCCCUUACCAGAGGGGGAUGGAGAGAGGGGGGUGAGGAGCAGCCCAUACCCCAGCUCGGUGUCCCCAGCCCCUAUGUCUCAUGCUCCCAGCCCUGCCUCGUCCUCGGGUGGUUCUGGCGGCGGACUGGUUCGCAUGACCAGCUUCGCCGAGCAGAAGUUCCGUAAGCUGGAGGGGCGGAGCAGUGGAGGGACCACCCCCGAGAGCGCUGAACUCUACAACACGCCCCCCACACGAACUGCCACGCUCGAGAUCUCCAGCCCCACCCACCCAGCCCAGACCCCGGCCACGCCCUCUCCCAGAGACCACACCCACCUGCUGCCGUCAGAUAUGGUGCACCUGAAGAUGAAGCUGGAGGAGAAACGCAGAGCCAUCGAGGCCCAGAAGAAGAAGGUUGAGGCAGCGUUCACUCGGCAUCGUCAGAAGAUGGGCCGGACAGCCUUCCUCAACGUGGUGCGAAGGAAAGGGGUGACCCCCUCCCCCACCAGCCCCGUCCCUGGGGGCCACGACCUGGACAAGCCCUCCCCAGAUCGCUUCUUCACUCCUUCGGAAAGCCUGGGCCAGGCGGAGAGGUGCAAGCCCGACGGAGCAGCACCCAAGUCCCCCUGCGAGGAGGGUGCAGGUGUCGGGGUUGGAGAGGUGGACCUGGGCGAGUACACUCGCUCCAUCGAGAGGCUGAACACGUCCCUGGGGUUCCUGCAGACGGAGAUGCAGCGGCUGGCCCAGCAGCAGGACAGGAUCAUGGCCAUGAGGGAACAGCAACAGGCCUGGGUCAUACCUCCUCCAGCACCCUCGCCACACAGGCAGCUCCGGGAGCUCCGCAGCAACAGUGUAACCGGCCGGGGGUCCGUGGGGUCCUUGUCCCCAAUCUUGUCCUCGGCGGGUGGUUCCCCCCGCGCCGCCCACCGUUCCCCCGGCGGCCUCAAGCGCCGACCGGCCUCCUUCCAUGCCAGCACCCCUCACACCCCACGCACCCCACGCCCCACCGAGCUCAAGGUAACCCCCUUUAGACGGAUGCUCAACACCCCCACGUCCGUGGACAGUCUGCCCAGGCUGAGACGCUUCUCACCCAGCCAGACCCAGGUCACCUCCUUUGCCUACCUGGGACACGAUGAAGGACCUGGGGCCACGGAGGGCAAGGAGAGAGGGGCCCCAGGGGGAACAGAGGAGUCUCAAAUCCAAACCAAACCACCUGAGACAGAGGUGGCGGGGAUAAGGAGUGCCGACGCUCGUCCCUCCUCGCCCACUACAGAGCCAGCCAAAGAGAGACAGAAGGAGAGGAGAGAUGGAGGGAAAACGGAGAAGUUGGCAGAGGUGCUGUCUCAGCCAGUGAGAGACCUGAUGGAGGUGCCGCUGUCGUUGCUGAAGCCUUUGGAUGGACAGGGUCUAGAGGCAAGUGGAGAGGGGGAGAAAAGAGGAGAGCUGUACGGAGAGGACCAGAAAAUGUGCUGUGGGUUCUUCUUCAAGGACGAUGGGAAGGGAGAGGAGGACAUGGCGGUGAAGAGGGCUGCUCUGCUGGAGAAGAGGGUGAGGAGAGAGAAGGAGACACAGGAGAAGAAACAGCAGCAGGAGCUGGAGCAGGAGCAGAGGAAGGAGGAAGCACGGCUGAAAGCGGAGGAGGAGCAGCAGAAGCGAGAGGACGACAAGCAGAGGAAAGAUUACAUAAAGAACGAGUACAUGAGGAGGAAGCAUUUGAAGCAGGUGGAGGAUAUGGAUGUCAGGCCCCGCCAUGGAAGUCUCAAAAAGAAGCCCCGCCCCAAAUCCAUGCACAGGGACGUCAUGGAGUCACCCAAGCCACCCACCAGAGCCACGGGUACUCGACCGCGUGGGUUCUCAGUCUCCAGCAUGUCCCUGGCCUCCCUCAACCUUGACAACGACAGCAACGCCGGAGAUAAGAGGAUCCGCAGUAAACUAGGCACUGUGAAAGGCCAUAUCUCUUUCUUUUUAAGCUCUCCCAAAGACAGAAAGGGAAGGCCAGACUCUGCUAGGCCAGACUCUGCGAGGCCAGACUCUGCGGAGGGCAAUCUGUCGUCCUGCCCGUCUCAUAAUGGAGAGAAGGACUGGGAGAACGAGUCCACAACCUCCUCCACUCCCUCCAACCAAGAGUACACAGGGCCAAAGCUGUACAAGGAGCCCAGUGCUAAGUCCAACAAGCAUAUCAUCCAGAACGCCCUGGCCCACUGCUGCCUGGCGGGCAAGGUCAACGAAGGACAGAAGAAUAAGAUAAUAGAUGAAAUGGAGAGGUCGGGGGCCAACAACUUCCUGGUUUUGUUCCGAGACACGGGUUGCCAGUUCCGCUCGGUGUACACCUACUGCCCUGAGACGGAGGAAAUCACCAAGCUGGCAGGCAUCGGGCCCAAGAGCAUCACAGCCAAGAUGAUCGAGGGCCUGUAUAAAUAUAACUCAGAUAGGAAGCAGUUCAGCCACAUCCCUGCCAAGACAAUGUCAGCUAGUGUAGACGCCAUCACCAUCGCCGCUCACCUGUGGCAGACCAAGAAACAGGGCACGCCCAAGAAACUGGGUAGUCUCAAGUAGUCACAGCAACAACCCCUUUCAUACCAAACCCAGGAUAUUGUUGCUAGGUGUCCUGACUUAUAGUUGAGGACUGAGGGGAGGCUUUGCGGGUGUUGUGACCUGGGAUAUUACAGGGUCUGGUUUGGUGUGACAGUGCUAAAGAGUACAUCUUUCUAAUCUUCUUUCCCAUUCAGAUAUUUAAUGAACACUUACACUUGGCAUUCAUCUGGAUCUGAUAUCUGAUGUACAGUUUCGUUUGAUGAAUAUGCGGUAGGGGAUUUUCUUCUAAACAGGACACUAUUGACUUUAUGCACAACUGGAAUGUAGGGGGAAAAAACAUCAACACAAGCCUCAAGGGACAUUGUUGUUGUUAUGCAAGACUGUGUGCGUGUGUGUGGGGGACCCAGAGUCAUUCUAAUGGUGCACAUGUGUGUGUAUGUUCGUCAGCAUGCGUGGUGCCCAUGUUCUCGUGUGCCAAAAAAAAGGGGCUGAUGAAAGCCUUACUGAAUCGGACCACUGAAGCACUGAAUGUCAUUCCUUUUGAAAUAGAUCGAGUUUGAGUUCCCUAUGUUCAUCAUGUGUGGCCUUAUGCUUGUUUUGUGAAAGCGCAGUGAUUAGGUCAUAUUUAAGCGCCAAAUGUGAUGUUUUGGUGAGUACAAGAUGAUACGUAUAUGAGAGCUUGUUGAGAGUGGCUGUGUGUGAGGCUUGCUUUUCUCUGUGGCUGAAAGAUGAGACUGAGAAGGUGGGUUUACAUAAUGUGUCAAUAGUUAAGUAGGUUGUCAUAACUUCCGAUAAGAACUAGAUUGUAAAGUUAUUGAUUAAAGUAUAAUCUAGUUCACAGGAAUGUCAGCAACUGACUCUUAAUUUAUUGAAUGUUUUUGAUAAGGCUUUGGAAGUUUUUUAAAGGUCCAAUGCAGAUGUUUUUAUCUCAAUAUCAAAGAAUUUCUGGGUAACAAUUAAGUACCAUAUUGUGAUUGUUUUAAAUGGUCAAAAAGAAACAAAAAUAGCUUAUUAGCAAAGAGCAAUUUCUCAAGCAAUAAUUUUGCUAGGACAGUCGGAGUGAGCUGUUAUUGACAGAGAGGUUUGGAACUCUUUCUUAUUGGUCUAAUAACUAAUUUACUGCAUGGUGAUGUCACUAUAGAAGGCCAAAACCCCUCCCACCAAAACAGGCUGAAAUUUCAGGAUGGUCUUUUCAAACAGCUCUUACACUAAAAGGGCAUUACCAUCAUUUUCACUAUUUCCCAGUAUUAUUCCAACCUCAUAGUGUGGAAAUAUAUAUCAAACACAGGACAAUUAUGCUUUUAACUGCACUGGGACUUUAAAGGCUUUUAAAGUUUCAUCAAUAGAGGUGUGUAACAUACUUUAAGACAAUGUAUACUGUAUAAGUUAAUUUUGUUUGUAUAUAAUGGUUAUUCCAUUCAAAAUGAAUGAGUGAAACUAGCAUUUAUCAUUUAAUAUGGACGUAUAUAAACGUACUAUACUGUAUAUGGGGCCUUCUAUUGUUUAAAAAAGAUGCAAGUGUGUGAUCCCUUUUCAAUGUCACUGGCAGGACAAUUUCAAGCUUUAGAAUAGAAGCAAGUUCCACAAAUUGUGUCAUGAGCCUGUGCAAUUCCGAGAAAAUAUCUUAUAAAAAUCCUUGUUGGCAUACAAUACCAGUCAAAAGUUUGGACACACCUACUCUUUCCCACCGUGAAGCAUGGAGGAGGAGGUGUGGUGGUACUUUGCUGAUGACACUGUCAGUGUCCAGCAUGGCUACCACAGCAUUUU